AUGCACUGGCUGCAGGAAGCGCCUGACCAGAAAGCUAUCGUUCGCCAAUAUUGCAGAUAUACUGGCGAGAUCCGGACAGGGCUCAACGUCAAGCAGACCGUUGCACGUGCGCUGCAGUUUGCAAACAGCGGACCCAAAGGACCAGUCUAUGUUGCAAGCGCACGAGAAACACUUGCGGAGGUAAUCGAGGAGCCUUACCGGUUGGAUCAGGAACAGUGGAAAGCCGUCGGUUCCAGUGCUCUGCCAGCUGAUGCGGUUGAAGAGGCAAAUAGCCAUGAGAAGAAACUCGUUGAAAUCGCGGCACGAUGUCACUUGGGCGACGAGCAAUCUCUUGACGCGAGCAACAUCGGCCAUCUUCUUAAGCAAACUCUUCCGGAUACUACGGUAUUCGUGGUUGAGGCUGUGACAUGCGGGCAGCUUCUUUCUGAUCAGAUUCAGGCCGAUACACCUGGCAGUUGGAUCAAUUGCGGUGCAACUGGUAUUGGCUGGAGUAAUGGCGCAGCACUAGGUGUCAAGAUGGCCACAGACGACGCGGCCGUCACUACGAAUGUUGCGCAUAAGCCGACGCUCAUUUGCCAGAUUGUUGGAGACGGUAGCUUCAUGUGCGCGGCACCUUCGAGCGCGUUGUGGGUCGGUGCCAAGUACAAAAUCCCCAUCCUCACAAUUGUACUCAACAACGGUGGCUUCAAGGCUCCAAAGAACUCAACCGCCUUGGUGUAUCCUGAUGGAUUGAAUCAGGGAGCGACUGAUGAUGAGAUGAAUAUCUCCUUCAGGCCAUCUCCAAACUAUGCAGCACUCGCAGAAGCAGCGGCUGGAAGCCAGAGUUCGAACGCCUCGACGCUGGAUCUGGAUCAGUGGAUGGAAGGCGUACGGGUAGAUUCAGUAGGAUCGUUGAGGAACGAGCUUGGCAAAGUCUCACAGCGAGUGCUGGAGGCGAAAAAAGGCAUGCUGAUAGAGGCUAUAAUUGCCUAG